AUGGCACAGAAAGGAGUUCAGCUGGACCAAGAAACCUUUUCUUGUUCCAUUUGUUUGGAUCUACUGAAGGAUCCGGUGACUACAACCUGUGGACACAGCUACUGCAGGAACUGUAUUAAAACCCACUUUGAUGAAGAGGACAGGAAGGGAAUCCACAGCUGCCCUCAGUGCAGGAAGACGUUCACACCGAGGCCUGUCCUGGAGAAAAACAUCAUGUUAGCAGCUUUAGUGGAGCAGCUGAAGAAGACUGGACUCCAAGCUGCUCCAGCUGAUCACUGCUAUGCUGGACCUGAAGAUCUCCAGGAGAACAUCUGCUCUCGUCAUAAAGGCCAUGAAACAGUCCCAGCUGCAGCAGAAAGAACUGAGAAGCAGAAGGAGCUCGAGGUGAGACGACUAAACAUCCAGCAGAGAAUCCAGGAGCGAGAGAAAGAUGUGAAGCUGCUUCAACAGGAGGUGGAGGCCAUCAAUGGCUCUGCUGAUAAAGCAGUGGAGGACAGUGAGAAGAUGUUCACAAAGCUGAUCCGUCUCAUCAGGAGAAGAAGCUCUGAUGUGAAGCAGCAGGUCAGAUCCCAGCAGGAAACUGAAGUGAGUCGAGUCAAAGAGCUUCAGGAGAAGCUGGAGCAGGAGAUCGCUGAGCUGAAGAGGAAAGACGGCGAGCUGGAGCAGCUCUCACACACAGAGGAUCACAACCAGUUUCUACACAACUACCCCUCACUGUCAGCACUCAGUGAGUCUACACACUCAUCCAGCAUCAAUAUUCGUCCUCUGAGCUACUUUGAGGAUGUGACAGCAGCUGUGUCAGAGACCAGAGAUAAACUACAGGACAUUCUGAGAGAGGAAUGGACAAACAUCUCACUGACAGUCACUGAAGUGGAUGUUUUACUGUCACCACCAGAGCCAAAGACCAGAGCUGGAUUCUUAAAAUAUUCACAUGAAAUCACACUGGAUCCAAACACAGCACACACACAUCUGUUAUUAUCUGAGGGGAACAGAAAAGCAACCAGAAUGAAUCAAUCACAGCCUUAUUCUGAUCAUCCAGACAGAUUCACUGAGUAUUGUCAGGUCCUGAGCAGAGAGAGUCUGAGUGGACGUUGUUACUGGGAGGUGGAGUGGAGAGGGAGAGGCAUUGUGGUAGCAGUCGCAUACAAGAAUAUUAGCAGAGCAAGGAGCUCAAAUGAAUGUGGAUUUGGAUACAAUGACAAAUCUUGGGCAUUAUAUUGUGUCACAAACAGUUAUAAAUUUCAGCACAACAAUGUUAACACUGUCCUCUCAGGUCCUCAUUCCUCCAGAGUAGGAGUGUACCUGGAUCACAGAGCAGGUAUUCUGUCUUUCUACAGCGUCUCUGAAACCAUGACUCUCCUCCACAGAGUCCAGACCACAUUCACUCAGCCGCUCUAUGCUGGACUUUAUCUUUAUGGACUUGGUGCCACUGCAGAGCUGAUUAAAGUCAAAUAGAGAAGACAGGUUCAUGUUGAUCCCUGACCAUUAUA